CCUUAUUAAGAUGGAGUGGGACGCGGCUGCCUCGCAAUAGUUGCGUAUGCGACCUGCCUAGACAGGCUAUACCGAGUCUCGAAUACGCGGCGGACGCGAGGCCAUCGACGACACGCGGCCAUGACACGUCGCCCGAGGCUCGCCUUCAACUAUAACAAGGACACAACCCAGCGCUCAGAGGCAGACCGAGGAUCGUGUACAUCCAUGCCAUCCACGACAAUGACUCUUCUAGACGACCUAGAAUCGAUUAUUCGGGCCGACCAGCCCGCCUGUCCGUCCACGGCGGCGGCCCUCGCCAAGAUUGGAAGCCCGACAAUGUCCAUCGCCGUGCUCGAGGAUGGCGUCGUCUCGGCGCGUUGCUUCUCCACGGUCGGCGGCGAUACCGAGACCGUCUUCCAAGCCUGCAGCAUCUCCAAGCCGGUUGCCGCUAUGGCCAUCAUGAAGCUCAUUGAUGAGGGCAAGUUUGGGUUGGAGAGUACAAUCGCCGAGCUCCUCCCAGCGGACGUCCUGGAGAUUCUGACGGAAGACUCGCCCAAGAGCCAGAAAUCAAUGAUCGAGAAGAUUACCAUCAAGCAGCUCAUGAGCCACACUGCCGGGUUGUCGGCAUCGGGCUUUCCAGGGUACGACACGUCGUCCGGGGACGGACCCGUUCCGUCGGCACGGGAGGUGCUUCGAGGACGCCCGCCUGUUAACACGGUGCGCGUGCGCCUGGAGGGGUUGCCCGGACAGGCCUUUUCUUACUCUGGCGGCGGCAUCACUGUGCUCCAGAUAAUCUUGGAGACUGUCACAGGAAAAGACUUUCCAUCUCUCAUGCGAGAAAUCGUCAUUGAGCCGCUGGGCAUGACGCGCUCCAGCUACGGCGGGCUGCGCGACGGCGAAAAGAACGCGGCGGCGGCGCACUACACCGGCUACACACCAUGCGAGGUCGCUCAUCGCGUGAACCCAGAAGAGGCGGCGGCGGGUCUCUGGACGACGCCAACAGACCUGCUGAGAGUUGUCCAGGCAGUGCAGAAGUCGCUCGACGGUGACGACGGGUUCCUGCGUCGCGACACGGCGCGACAGAUGCUGACAGAGGUGGACUCGGGCAUGGCACUCUCCUGGUUCGUGGGCGGCAAAGAUCAAGUCUUGUUCGAGCACGGCGGCGCCAAUGAACCGGGCUUUCGGUGCUCGAUCACGGGCUUCGCAGACCCUCCCGGGAGAGAUGCGAGGGACAUCCCAGCGCCGCGUCACUCUGGAGUAGCGAUGAUGACAAACUCGGCGCUGGGCGCCGUAGCGGUAUGGAAAGUCGGGCAAGCAGUGGCGCACCUGAAGCAAUGGCCGCAAAUACACGCCUGGUGGCUCGCCAAGGGGAUGCCAGCCACGCCAUACACGCUGCCGGGUGAAGACCCAGGAAAGGCCUGGCAGCCCUGGGUGGGUAAAUGGACGGACGGAAAGCACGGUUUGGCCAUCAAGGCAGACGGCGACGGGAAGCCCGUGGUUGACUAUGAUGGGCUCGCCGACAUAAGACUUUUGCCCGCCGCACUGCCGAUGGCCACUGUAGAGGGUGAAGACGAGUACCGGGCAUUUGUGCUCGAGGGACUGGAGCUGCUGCUUUGUCUCAAGGUUAAAAACGGGGAGGGUAAGGUGGUGUUGAAGUUGCUGGCGGCGGGCAAAGACAAGGAGCUCAAGAGGAUUGGGCCGUAAAUGUGUUCUAUAUGAGUUUGUUCGAAGUAUCUUAAUUCAAGACUUGGAUGUCUGAACGGCCAUGCUAAUCGAACGGCUUCUUGAAGCUCAAGGUUGUCGAAAAUUUGCGUUGCCGAGCGCUAUUGAGUAGCAAGCCGAAAAGCUUCCCGAAUGGUGGCUGCUUGCUGAUC